AUGGAUUAUGAACCUCCAUUCCUCGAGACCUACAAGACCCUUGUGCAAAAGUACGUUGGGGAUUCAAAGAAUGACUACUCCUUCUGUACGGUAGAGAGAUGUGAGAUACCAUUGAUCGAUCUUGGGAAGUUAAAUCUUGAGAAAGAGGAAUGCAUGAAAGAAAUUGCAGAAGCUGCAAGUAAAUGGGGUUUCUUUCAGGUAGUUAAUCAUGGGGUUCCAAAAGAGGUGUUGGAGAGCAUGCAAUUAGAGGAAAUGAAAGUGUUCAAUCAACCUUUUGGGGAUAAGUCUGCACAAGUUCAUUUCCCUAGUUUAUCUGCCAAAACUUACAGGUGGGGGAAUCCAUUUGCUACCAAUUUGAGACAACUGUCAUGGUCAGAAGCCUUUCAUUUUUCACUGACAGAUAUAUCCAAGAUGGACCAACACCAAAGUCUGAGAUCAAGCCUUGAAGCUUUUGCAACAAGAAUGUUCCCCCUAGCGGAAAGCUUGGCAGAAAUACUAGCCUGCAAAUUGAAUAUGAAAUCCGACUAUUUCCGUGAGCAUUGUUUGCCAAAGAGUUCUUUCAUUCGACUAAACAGAUAUCCUCCAUGCCCUAUACCUUCAAAGGUGCAUGGCCUGUUGCCUCACAGUGACACUAGUUUUCUUACCAUUGUAUAUCAAGACCAGGUUGGGGGAUUGCAAUUGAUGAAAGAUGGAAAAUGGGUUGGUGUCAAGCCUAAUUCACAAGCUCUAGUUGUUAAUAUUGGUGACUUAUUUCAGGCAUUGAGCAAUGGCGUUUAUAAAAGCAUAAAACACCGAGUGGUUGCUGCUGAGAAGGCAGAGAGGUUCUCUAUGGCAUUUUUCUAUGGCCCUUCCGACGAAGCAAUAAUAGAAAGCCACUGCAAACCAGCUGUGUACAGGAAAUUCACUUUGAUGGAGUAUAGGCAACAGAUUCAGAACGAUGUCAUGCAAACCGGUGAUAAAGUGGGGCUCUCUAGAUUUCUUAUUUAA